AUUGAUGCUCUUGGGGAGACUAGAACUUCAGAACCUCCUGCUCAGCCCAGGAGGCCCCACCCCUCAGCCAGGAGACCCUGGGUUUCUGAUGCUGCUAUGGGCUCCAGGCUCCUCUGCUGGGUGGCCCUUUCUCUGCUGGGAGCAGGCCCAGUGGACUCUGGAGUCAAGCAAACCCCAAAACAUCUGAUCAAAGCAAAAGGACAGCAAGUGACACUGAGAUGCUCCCCUCUCCCUGAACACCUCUCUGUGUACUGGUACCAGCAGACCCCAGGCCAGGGGCCUCAGUUUCUCUUUCAGUAUUACAGUGGGGAAGAGAGAGAAAAAGGGACGAACAUCCCCAGUCGAUUCUCAGCGCAGCAGUUCCCUGACUACAGCUCUGAACUCAACCUGAGCUCCUUGGCGCUGGGCGACUCGGCUCUGUUCCUCUGUGCCAGCAGCCGGGCACAGCCACCCAUGAGCAUCAGCCUUCAGUACAAAAUCAUUCCUGCCCGUUUCAGGAAGUGGCCAGGAGGGUGGAGCCUCAGCCAAGCGAGUUCAGGCCUGGGAAGCUGCCAACCUGUCCCAGACACCCAGUGUGGAGUGCAUUCAUCUGCUCUAGUGCCACAGCAGUGGUGCAGGGCAGUGCAUUCACCUGUUCCCAUCCCCAAGGGGAGGCAGCUUCCUGGUCUCAUGCAGUCAUUGGGUGAUGUCAGCUCCUCAACCCAGGUGUUCCCCCACCCCUCACUCUGCAACUGCCCCCUCCACUGGCUUCCCUCUCCCAGGUCCCCACUAGCAGGCUGGAAAGGAGUUUGA